AUGAAUUCGAUCAGAUCACGAGUUGGUGUCGCUGUAUUGAAUCGCUUGCUAUACGCGAUUGGUGGCUAUAAUGGGCAUGAACGGUUACGCACUGUGGAAGUAUUCGAUCCCGAACAAAACAAGUGGAGCGAGGUAUGCCCUCUGAUCAAUAAGCGCUCAGCGCUAAGUGCUGCUGUAGUAAACGAGUUGUUGUAUGUUUGUGGUGGUUACGACGGAAUUAGUUCACUGUCAUCAGUGGAAGUUUACAAUGCUUGCCUGAAUCGAUGGACAUUGACGAUAUCGAUGAAUCGGCAAAGAUCGGCUGCCGGUGUUGCCGUGAUCGAUAAUUACAUCUAUGAGUACAUAGUGUGA